GGCAGGCACAUGCAUGGUCCUCCGACGAUCCAUCCGCAUGCUGAACGAUCAACAUCUCAGGUUGCCCGAACUUGUCCGCUCAUAAAGAAGAAUGCGCACGACGCGUUGCAUGCUCAUGGUCGCCCAAGCUCUCGUCGUCGUCUCCGCGUUGCUGGCCGCCGCCGCCGCCGCCACCGCGGCAGAGUAUGUCCGGCCUCCACCAGGGCGGAUCAUCCUCACAGAGCACACCGAGCCCGCCGCCCAUCCUCAGCAGGUCCAUGUAUCGGCCGUCGGGGAGAAGCACGUGAGGGUGUCGUGGGUCACCGACGACAUGCGCGCGCAGUCCGUGGUGGACUACGGCAAGGCCUCCCGGAACUACACCGCGUCCGCCACCGGCGAGCACACGUCAUACCGCUACUUCCUCUACUCGUCCGGCAAGAUCCACCACGUCAGCAUCGGCCCGCUGGAGCCCAGCACCGUGUACUACUACCGGUGCGGCAAGGCAGGGAAGGAGUUCAGCCUCAGGACCCCGCCGGCCGCGCUGCCUAUCGAGCUCGCCCUCGUCGGCGACCUGGGGCAGACCGAGUGGACGGCGUCGACGCUGGCGCACGCCAGCAAGACGGGCCACGACAUGCUGCUGGUGCCCGGCGACCUGUCGUACGCCGACACGCAGCAGGCCCUGUGGGACUCGUUCGGGCGGUUCGUGCAGCGGCACGCGAGCCGGCGGCCGUGGAUGGUCACGCAGGGCAACCACGAGGUGGAGGCGCCGCCCCUGCCGGUCCCGGCCGGCUCGCCGCCCCCGUUCGCCGCAUACGGCGCGCGGUGGCGGAUGCCGCACGAGGAGAGCGGGUCACCGUCCAACCUCUACUACUCCUUCGGCGCGGCGGGGGGCGCCGUGCAUGUCGUCAUGCUGGGCUCCUACGCCCCCUUCAACGCCAGCUCGGACCAGUACCGGUGGCUGGCCAGGGACCUCGCUGCCGUGGACCGCCGCGCCACGCCCUGGCUCGUGGUGCUGCUGCACGCGCCCUGGUACAACACGAACGCGGCGCAUCAGGGCGAGGGCGAGGCCAUGAGGAAGGCCAUGGAGCGGCUGCUCUUCCAGGCACGCGUCGACGUUGUCUUCGCUGGCCACGUUCAUGCCUACGAACGCUUCGCAAGGGUCUAUGACAACGAGGCGAACCCGUGCGGACCCGUGUACAUCACCAUAGGCGACGGCGGCAACAGAGAAGGCCUUGCAUUCAACUUUGACAAGAACCACACGCUGGCGCCAUUGUCGAUGACGAGGGAGGCGAGCUUCGGGCACGGGCGGCUGAGGGUGGUCAACACCACCUCGGCGCACUGGGCGUGGCACCGCAACGACGACGCGGACUCCGUGGUUCGCGACGAGCUCUGGUUGGAGAGCCUGGCCGCCAAGGCCUCGUGCCGGCAGCACGCCGAUCCCGCCGUCGUCGAUUGGGACGAUGAGUUGUAGCGGCCCAUCUCUUGUUUCGCCCAAAAGCCAAAACACGAAAAUUUGCGGCGCGCGUUUGCACAUCCGCGAACGCUUCCACGUCGUGUAGUGCAUGUCUCUCAAAUUAUACUUUUGUCACACUAAUUUAUCGACCCAUGGGCUCUUUUGAAAC